AUGGCCAAUCCAAAGAAGAAAGGCUUCAACGACAGUCUCAUUAACAUCGCCGCUAGAUUUGGCUCAAUUAACACCUUCAAAUUCCUCCUUAUUAACAACGUCCAAUCAACUGGUAACUUAAUGAACGAUGCUGUGUUCGGCGGUAAUCUAGAGAUUGUUAAAACAUGUGAAAACCAAGGUUUCAAGACAGAAAAUGGCUUCGAGAUUGCAAUGUUCGGAAAUCACAACGAAAUUGCAGAUUGGUUCUUGAAUAAAUCCGAUUGUGAGGUUGUCAUACCAGAGGAAAUUUUGGAGUUCGGAAAUAUUAGAGGUCUCAUGUUUUCCAUCAUCAACAAGACAAAGAUUGACAUUGCGUUUAAUGAAUGUACUCUUCUAACAAGAUUAGUUGAUUUGGGAGCCACAAAGUUAGUAGAUUUUGCCCUCACUCAUGGAGCGGAUCCAAAGAAGACUUCUUACUCAAGAUUAAUUCCUCUUUCCUUCGCUGCGAUGAACAAUGACUUGGAGACUACAAAGAUACUUGUUGAGAAACACAACUCUCCACUCGAAGCAUCAAAGAGAUCUCCGAUUCAUGAUGCUGCCGCUUAUGGCAGAGUUGAUGUUCUGAAAUACUUGAUUGACAAAGGAGUUAAUGUUAACGUCCAAGCCCAAAGGAGAUGGACACCUCUUCACUUUGCAUGCGAUGGAGGACAGCUUGAAUGCGUUAAAUUGCUUGUUUCUAGAGGCGCAGAUACGCAGGCUCUCGCUUACAAGGGCGAGUUCAACUUCAGGAAGGCAAUGAAGAAUCCACAAGAUCCUACAUUCACUCCACUCAAAGCAGCAAAAGGACAUCCAGAUGUGUGCAACUUCCUGAAGAAAUUGGAAAAAGACAGAAAGAAGAAAGAAAAAGCUGCUGCAAAAUCAAAAUGA